AUGGAAACGGUUGCGUCAUCGGUACGUGACCGGAACAAUAAACCAUUGUGGAAAUUAGUUAGUGAAGAUCGUCCGCUGCUGUUUUUUAGAAAGACUUCACGGAGUCCACCAGCAGUAAAGAAAAUUGAUCCAGUUCCAAAAUAUACUGAGACCAAGAUCAAAGAAGAACCGUCAAGCCCCGAUCAAGGGUCUGAAGGAAUUAAACUGUUGGCUCUGUCAAUCAAGAAGCGGCGCUACGUUUACGCAGCUGCGGAUGAAGACCGUGUACCUAUGAACGAGGAACAAGUUGAGAAGGUCGCUUUUAAGAGACCGCGGCAGACGGAAGCCAUGUCUGUCGCGAAGUCGGUUGACAGGAAGAAACGCCAACGAAUGGAACAACAGGAGGUGCAACCAAAAAGGCAAGAACCACCAGCAGCGAUGAUGCAAGCACCGCAUCAACAAAAGACUUGGCUCAGUGUACCGGGCGCAGAUGAAUUCCAGUCAAGAAAGUCAAUAUCCGAUCCGAACUACUGGUUCCGUAUAUUGCAGAAAAACAUAGAUCAGUGUGAGGACAGCAAGAUGCUGAUAGAUACAGACUUCACUGAAGAACAAAAGGCGUUACUGCAGAAGUCGUUCAUGCAUAUAUGUCGCAAGAUGUCUCAGAUCAUGAACAACGGUGAUCGCUUCAUGAAAAUACACCAGUGCCUGCAAUGCCAUUUCUCUGUAUCGCAUCAAUGCAUUUCCGUCGAUCGUGUACGCCAGAUUCCUUACGGCCUUGAGCUGAUUGGUCCAUCGACUCUAAUCCCAGAGCGAACAACUAUAUGCCUCUGUGGUUUUGCCUUCUCUCACAGUCAUUCUAAGAGGUUGAGGAACCAAGGGCCGACGUGUACCCCGAGGUUCUCGCCAUACCUGCGUGAAUACCACCGUUCCAUCGACGUUAGUUGCGCUAAAUGUUAUACUAAUAUCGUUAUGAGUAAUCGUGACAGCGAUGUUUGCUGCGAUCUGGUCAACUGGGACUCUAAGAGUGGCUCGGAACGGCAAAAGUUCCAUACCUCUCUUCUGAAGCAUCUGCACUAUGAGCCUAGUAACAAUUUUGAUGAGUUUUAUGGUUGCAGCAAAGGUUGCUGCCUCCUGUUCCAUCGUUGCCCCUCAAAUCGAGUGGUUACAAGCACCGAAGGCACCUUACCCGGCUGA